AAUUUGACUGUUAACAUGAACAAACUGAAUCCCCUGCGCGCGGGAUGUCACUUCGAGGUGCCGCGAGAAAUUACGCUGAAGAAAGCGGUGGACAGUGUGAAAUCCAUGGACAAUGCAUGCUUCGCGUGGUCGGUGGUCACCGCUCUGUACCCAGCUAAAAGUCAUGUGGAUAGAAAAUCGUCGUACCCGCAUUACACGGCAGUGUUAAAUCUCACAAACAUUGAGUUUCCGAUGACAUUAAAAGACAUUCCGAAAUUCGAACGUUUAAACGCUGUGUCGAUCAACGUGUACGGCAUCGAGAAUAAGCAGAUCCUUCCUCUGCGACUCACCGGUGACAACAAGGAGAAACACGUCAAUCUCCUGUACCUGCAAGAUCCACGCGACGACGGUGUAGGUCACUUUACGUGGAUAAAAGAUCUAUCCCGCCUUGUGAGAUCGCAACUUACUUAUAAAAAGGUUAAGAAAUAUUUCUGCGACCGAUGCCUGCACUAUUUUGGCUCGAGAGAAAGGUUGCAGUCGCACACAAUAGACUGCCAAAAACUGAACGACUGCGCCAUUCGCCUGCCGAGCGAGGACGAUAGAUGGCUCGAAUUCAGCAACCACCGCAACCAGGAACGCGUUCCAUUCAUCGUCUACGCCGACCUGGAGUGCAUCCUAAGGAAGACGGAGCCUGACAAGGAAGAUGCGUCGUCGUAUGAGUAUCAGCGGCACGAAGUAUUCAGCAUAGGAUACUACGUGCGAUGCUCGUACGACAAUUCGUUAUCAUCGUAUCACUUCCGACGCGAUGAAAAUUGCAUAUCAUGGUUCGCCGAGGAACUGAAAAACUUGGCACAUCGCGUAAAAGAUAUUGUAUCCGCUAACGUGCCCAUGGAAACGUUAUCAAAUUUGGAUGUAAUAUCACUCUACACUAACACUCCAACGGAUUUAGCAAUAGAUGCUCUUUCCAAUAGAUGGGACGUUAUUUGCAAGAAUUGUAAUUUACCGAAAAAUGAAUUUAUCAAAGCUGUUCGCUUAGUGUUGGAUUCAACUUUUUUCACGUUUGACAAUCAAUUUUACAAACAGACUUUUGGAACGCCUAUGGGUUUACCGCUUUCUCUGAUUGUUGCUAACUUAGUUAUGAUGGAUUUAGAGAAUUGGGUGUUGAGUAAUAUUCAAUAUUAUAUACCAUUCUAUUACAG